AUGGCAUCUUGUAAGGAGUGGAUGAAACUUUCCCGAAAUGAUCGUUUGAAUGUUGCAUAUGAAUUAGGUGUUGAAAACUUUUUAAAAUAUGCAUUUGAAAAGUCGGGAGAAAUAGAAAAGAUUAAAUGUCCUUGUGUAAAAUGCUCGAAUGCAUCAUUUCAAUCUCUAAAUAUGGUCAAAGAUCACUUAUUAACUUAUGGAAUCAUCGAGGGUUAUACAUUUUGGUAUCACCAUGGGGAAAGAGUUGGGGAGGAUACCUUUGAAUCACAAUCUAGUGAAGAAGUAGGAGAUGAUGAGUUACUAGAUGCUGAUAACGAAAAUGAGAUGGAUACAAUACUUAGGGAUUUUUUUCCUAAUUGUAGUGGUUUUGCUGAAAAUGACUCCUCUAGUGAAUUACGGGUUGAAGAUCCGAAUGAUGACGCUAAGAAAUUCUUUAGAUUGUUUGAUGAUAUGCAAAAGCCAUUAUUUCAAGAUGAUGAACAAUUAGAAUAUUGCAAAAUUUGCAAUGCUUCUAGGUGGAAGCAAGGUAAGAAUAGUGGGGAAAUUAGAAUGAAGGAAAAUGGUAAAAGAAUACCUGAAAAGGUCCUCCGAUAUUUUCCGCUUAAGCCAAGACUUCAACGUUUGUUCAUGUGCUCUAAGACAGCUCAUCAUAUGAGAUGGCAUCAUGAAAGGUCUGUCAAAGAUGGGGUUAUUGAGCACCCCGCAGAUGGGAAAGCAUGGCAACAUUUUGAUGAGAAAUAUGCACCUUUUUCUUCUGAAUCUCGUAAUGUUAGGUUAGGGCUUAUAAGUGAUGGAUUUAAUCCCUUUUCUAAUGUUGCAAAACCGUAUAGUAUUUGGCCUGUGAUGCUAGUUCCAUACAAUUUGCCUCCUUCGAUGUGUAUGAAACCUUCUAGUAUGCUAUUAUCAAUGCUUAUACCUGGUCCAAAGGGUCCUGGCGAUGCUAUUGAUGUAUAUUUGCAGCCUUUGAUAGAAGAGCUUAAAGAGUUGUGGGAAGUUGGUGUUGAAACUUAUGAUGCAUCAAAAAAAGAAAAUUUCAAAAUGCGUGCGGCUUUGCUGUCAACUAUCAAUGAUUUUCCUGCUUAUGCAAUGUUAUCUGGAUGGAGUACUAAGGGGAAGAGAGCAUGUCCCUGUUGUCAUAAAGAAACUUCUUAUAUGUGGUUACCUAACUGUUUUAAGCAUGUCUAUAUGCGUCAUCGACGUUUUCUUCCUAUUAAUCACCCAUGGCGAAGGAAGAAAGAUGUGUUUGGAAAGAAAGAAAAAGGAGAGAUACCUAAGCCAUUAUCAGGGGAGGAAGUUCUUGAACAAGUCAGAGAUCUUGAAGGUAUAUGUUUGUCCAAAGAUCCCACUAAGAAGACGAAAGUGUCACAUAAGAUAAGAGGCGAUAAUUGGAAUAAGAAAAGUAUUUUCUUUGAAUUGCCUUAUUGGAAAACACUUUUAUUACGAUAUAAUUUAGAUGUAAUGCACAUUGAAAAGAACAUAUGUGAUAUUAUUCUGGGAACCAUCAUGAACAUUAAAGGACAAACUAAAGACACAGCUAAUUCUCGUUUUGAUAUGAAGGGAUUAGAUUGUAAGAUUUCAGGAUUGAAGAGUCAUGAUUGCCACGUCCUGCUACAAAGCAUACUUCCUCUUGUGAUUCGCGGCCUUUUGGUGAAAGAUGUAUCUGAGCCUUUAGUUGAGCUAUGUCAGUUUUUCGGUGUGCUCUGUGCUAGAUCUAUGCAAGUUGAACAUCUAGAGAAAAUCAAAGCCCAAAUUCCUUUAACGCUUUCUAAGUUGGAAGCAUGGAUGCCUCCUUCUUGUUUUGAUGUCAUGCUUCAUUUAAGUGUCCACCUAGCUGAUGAGGUAAUUAUUGGCGGUCCUGUCCAUUUUCGUUGGAUGUAUCCAGGGGAACGAUAUCUCCAUAAACUCAAGUUAUAUGUGCGUAAUAAAGCACGUCCAGAGGGCUCAAUAGCGGAGGGUUAUAUUGUUGAUGAGUGUAUGACUCUAUGCUCAAGGUACUUAGAUGACGUUGAAACAAAAUUUAAUCGUCUUGAGCGUAACUGUGAUGGUGAUGAUGAUACCGCCAGGAAACUAUCUAUAUUUUCUCACCCUGGAAGGCCCUUAGGGGGCGGAAAAACCAACAAUUUGGACGUGUAUGAAAGAGAGCAGGCUCACAUCUAUGCUUUAAAGAAUUGCAGUGAAGUUGACCCAUUCUAUAAGUGA